UUGAUUUUUACCCUUCUUGUUGUCAGGAAUUAAGUCAAGUAAAUGACAGGCUUCAACAGGAAGUAGAUGAUAAGUCCACAGAACUUCUACAAGUGUUUCAGAAAGCGGAAAUGGCUGAACAGGAUGGCAAGAGAGCGGGUGAUGAAAUUGAAAGACUGACGAAGGAACACGAUGAAAAGAUGGCCACGGUUAUGGGAGAGCUUCAGGUGUUAAGAAAAGAAAAAAAAGAAAUAGAAGAAGCCAAGAAAAUGGCCGAAGAACAAAUAGAAGCCAUGAGAAAAGAUCAUGAAGAAAAAAUUGCAACACUUAGCAGCGAUUUAUCGAAUUUUCGGAAGAGCUGGACGGAUGAAGAGCUGGCAAAAAAAUCAGCGGAAGAGACCAUUCAAAGAGAACGACAGGAACAUGAAGACAAGAUCUCGACUCUUGUGGCGGAGAUGGAGACUUUAAAAAAAGAAAAAGGUGAAACAGAUGGGGCUAGAAAAACCGCCGAAGAACAAAUAGAAGCAAUGAAAAAAGAUCACGAGGAAAAGGUUACAACGCUUAGCCGUCAGCUUUCAGAUGUUCAGAAAAGUAGGACAGUCGAGGAGGAGGCAAAACGAACAGCAGAAGAAGCUAUAGAAAAAGAAAGAAAGGAACACGGAGAAAUGGUAAAUGAGCUUGAAAGAAAAAGACUUGAACAAAUCUCUAAAGAAAAGCAAGACUUAGUGGGUACGGCGAUAGACUCAGCAGAAAGAACAAUCCAAGACGCUUUAGAUCAGUUUCAAAAUCCGAAGCACAGUUCUACGACUUGUACUGCAGAUUACUUGCUAGGUAGAAUCGAGAAUCUUCCGGGCAUUAUCGACGAGCUUAAUACAAAGUUUACAUCUUAUAAACAAGAUCAUAAAGAUGCCAUUCCCUGUAUAUGCUGUCUUGGUUCCUUCUCACAUCAGCUCAGUGACUGUAUUUUGAAUGCUAAGGCCACCUCUCACAUGGCACCUACUCAAGAAGCUGCAGAUCUUCAAUCACACGGUGAAUCUGCAGGCAAGGCCUCCCUCGAACUGUUGCAACUCUACAAACAAAGUGAUCCAGAUCCAAACGCUCUUGCUGACAAGGUGAAUGCCGUAAAAAAAUGCAUCUCAGAUAUUACCAAGGUUGCUGAGGCUCUCGCACCUAAAGAAAAAGACAGUCUUGAUAGUAUUGGCGGUGGAGUUGACGAUGAAAUCAAUGCUACUGCAGAGCUUGUAGCAGACUCAGCGGCCAGGAUUCAGGAAAUGAUCAACCAAACAAGGGAAAAAUACAGCGGUGUGCAACUUGAAGUGAACGGAAGAAUUCUGGAUUCCUGCACGGCACUGAUGGAGGCAAUCAAGAAAUUGAUAAUGAAGUCUAAAGUUUUGCAAAAGGAGAUUGUCGACGAGGGCAAGGGUCAAGCAACAGCUAAAGAGUUCUACAAGCGUCACCACCGCUGGACGGAGGGGCUCAUCUCAGCUGCGAAAGCUGUUGGUUGGGGAGCUAAAGUUCUUGUUGACUCCGCUGACAAAGUUGUUCAGGGGGAAGGCAAGUUUGAGGAAAUAGUUGUAGCAUCCAAUGAAAUUACAGCAAGCACAGUGCAGCUUGUGGCUGCUUCUAGAGUGAAAGCUCGACAAGCUAGUACAGGUUUAGCUGCUCUACAGGGGGCCUCUAAAAAUGUCGUUGAAUCAGCGGCCGGCGUGGUGGCAUCCGCUAAAACAGGAGCUGAAAUGAUAGAGGACAGCAAAGCAGUACCAGAUUACACCAAGCUCAGCCUCACCCAGGCAAAGAGAUUUGAAAUGGAGUCACAGGUUCGGGUUCUAGAGCUUGAAAGCCAGCUGACUAAAGAACGUCAAAAACUAGGAGAAUUGAGAAAAGCACAUUAUCAACUGGCUACUGUCGAGGAGGGCUUGGACCCUGAGUAACACGGAUGAAGCAAGUUCGUCUCCAGAAGAAUCCAGUCCUCUCGAAUCCUUGGUACCAUGCAAAAGAAGAAAAAAAAUGGAAUAAUAAAGAUGAAGGUUAAAAUGAAACAGAAGCUCGGCACUUGAUUUGGGAAUGAACAUUUUUCUGCUUGCACUACGUCCUACAAACUUUGCAAGCAAAUGGUGUACGGCGUAGCUUUUGAUUCGUCACGCAAUCUCUUAAGGAUUACGUGACAGGCGCUAACGGAAAUAACUCAAGUUGGGACCAGCGCUCCAGGAGGUUUCGUUUAUACAGCGGGGGUAUAUCUGAAGGUUAUCACGAAAAGUGAUUGUAGCUUCUCUCAAUAUGCUGAUGAUAAAACAUUUUUAAACUCAAUUGUAAUUUUCAAUAUAGAUAAUUGUAAAAGAAGCAUAAUUUACUUCCGAUCAUGAUAGUUCGACAUAGUACUUAGUGACGGAAUCGCACAAUGCAUUAUAAGUAUUAAGAUAAAUGACAUUCCCCCCGUAUUUCUAGUAUCGAUAGCGAAAUUGUGUCAUUAGCUGGAAGUUUAGUUAACCUAGGUCUUAUUUAGCUCAUUCUAGAUGAAUUUCAUUUUAAAAAUUCUACGCACGUAUGGGUCCUGCAAAAGAUCGUGAUCUAUUGGUCUCUGCUAAGACGUAACCAUCAUACGUCUGAAAUUAGGCUUAUUUUAACAUCCAUUUUUGGUUAGAAUGCGGAUAAUGGUGGAAACAUUUGCUUUUAACACACUUUUUAGUAAAUUUACGUUCAUUCUGAUGAUCAAGAUUUUUAUUAAAAACACAAGGAAAUAUUACAAAUAUGUUCGCAAUAUGAAAAUUAAAGUGUGAACUGUCAGGGUACAUCUGAA